AUGGCGAUCAUUUGGGAAUGGCUACGUCAAAUUUGGAUUCCGACAUCGGUUGCACGUUUAGCUGAAGCUGAACGACGUGUAUUAUCAGUUGUUCGUUAUCCAUUUGAACAAAAUCAAAUAUCAAUUGGUGAUAAUUUAACAAUAAAUACAAUUCAUACACAUAAUCCAAAAGCAAAAACAACAAAUAAAAGGUCACCUCUAGUACUUUUACAUGGUUUUGGUGCUGGUGUUGGUUUUUGGUUACUUAAUUUUGAUGCAUUAGCUGAACAACAUGAACAUGUUUACGCAAUUGAUUUACUUGGCUGUGGACGAUCAUCAAGACCAGGCUUUAGUGCUAAAACAUCAGAAGAAGCUGAACAAUUUUUUGUCGAUGCACUUGAACGAUGGAGAAUUCAAGUUAAUCUUGACAAAAUGAUUUUACUUGGACAUUCAUUUGGUGCUUAUAUAGGUUCAUCAUAUUCGAUGGCAUUUCCAUCACGUGUUUCACAUUUAAUACUAGCUUCUCCUGUUGGUGUACCUAAAGAAACUCUUGGAGCUGAACCACCUGGUCGUCAACGUACAGGAAUAGGAUUUCGUCUUAUACGUAAUUUAAUGUUAUUUCUAUGGAAUCGUGGUUGUACACCUUUAUCUGUUGUUCGACUGAUUGGUCCAAUGGGUCCACGACCAGUAAAUGCAUAUGUAACACGACGAUUUCAAGUAGGACCAGCUGUCGAAGACACACCACCAGCUACAAGCGAAGCUGGUCUUGAAACAUCAGUAGCACUUGCUGAUCAAAUUGAUAAAGGAAAAAUAAAAUUACCAAAAGAGGAUGUAGCAAAAUAUCUUUAUCAUUUAUGUGCUCAACCAGGUAGUGGCGAAUUUGCUUUGACUCGUAUUCUUAAAUCAAAUGUUAUGGCACAUCACCCAUUAGAAAGUCGUUUAGCUGAUUCUAAUAUUCCACGUGUAACAUUUUUUUAUGGUGAUCAUGAUUGGAUGGAUACAGAAGCUGGUAAAAGAACAGUUGAAUUACUAAAUCAACGUUCAGGAGGUUCAAAUUCAGCUCGACUUAUUAUUAUUCCUCGUGCUGGUCAUCAAAUGAUGAUUGAUAAUCCUGAUGGAUUUCAUGAUGCUGUUCGACAAGCUUUAGAAGAUCAUGAAGAAUAG